AUGAGGGUUCUGGUGACUGUGGUGUCCCUGUUCCUCCUGGGCAUCCAGGCCGAGACUCACUGGACCUACUCAGGGGGCAACCUGGAAGAGAGCGACUGGGCGAGGGCAUACCCUGACUGCGGUGGGCGGAGGCAGUCGCCCAUCAAUCUUCAGAGUAAGAAGGUGAAGUUCAACCGGUUCUUGAAGCCCCUGACCCUGAGUGGCUACGGCGAGGAUGGGUUGGAGUUCUCCAUGACUAACAACGGCCACACAGUGCAGAUCACCCUGCCUUCCACCAUGAGCCUGAAAGACUCUAACGGCACUGUGUAUAAAGCAGAGCAGAUGCACUUCCACUGGGGUGGGGACUUCGCAGAAAUCAGCGGCUCUGAGCACACCGUCGACGGGAUCAGGCGUGUGAUAGAGAUCCACUUUGUUCACUACAAUUCCAAGUACGAGAACUUCGACGAGGCCAAGAGCCAGCCCGACGGUUUGGCUGUGCUGGCAGUUCUUGUGGAGAUCAACGAAUACGAGGAAAACACCUACUACAGCCCCCUCAUUUCUGAGCUGCUCAACAUCCAGUAUACGGGACAAAUCACAACCCUGAAAAACAUUAACAUUUAUAACUUGCUGCCUGAAGACACGUUCCACUAUUACACCUACGAAGGCUCGCUCACCACUCCCCCCUGCACCGAGAACGUCCAGUGGUUUGUGCUCCAUGAUACCGUCAAGCUCUCUAAGACCCAGGUUGUGAAUAUGGAGAACACUAUUAAGAACGACCACAACGAGACCCUUCAUAACAUCUACCGCAAGACCCAGGCCCUCAACGAGAGAGUGGUGCAAGCCAAUUUCCCGGACUUCUUUAGUAAGAGCGACCGGGCCGCCUUUGCGGAGAAGGUGCUGCCCUCCAGCGGCCACCGUGGGGAGGGCCCGGUGUGUGCUCAGGACUUGGGAGGCCUGGCCGCCCCACCCACAGUGCGAGCCUGCGCAUCCCAGAGGAUGCCAGCUUGUAGAGGACAGGCCGCACAGAUCUACUAG